AUGGCAGGCUUAGGCGAUAGAAUUGCGGCGAUCCCGCCCGUGACACGGUUCUUGUCUAUUUGCACAUUUCUAACGUGCCUUUUGUGUUCAUUGGAGCUUUUGGCUGUGGAUGAUUUUGCCAUUUCUUAUGGCUUGGUGCACACCCUUCUAAGCGAGGCGUGGAACCUGACAGGGUCUAUUUGGAACAAGGUUCAAACCUGGGGCUUUGUUUUCCUCCAGAGCUACCGUCUCUUCACGUCAUUUUUUAUACCCCUCGGGUUCUUGACCCGCAAUGGUUUCAUGUGCCUUGCAGAAAUGUACUUCUUGUACAACUUCUCACAGCAUUUGGAGUCCAAGCUGGGCAAGUUUCGUGGAAACUUCCCUGACUACGUCUGGUGCAUUUUGGUUUGCGGGUUCUUCAUCAAUUUGCUUUCGUUGAUCUCCCAGAGAGUUGGUUUGAUCGCUUUCUCGUCUCACCACUCCAUGCUCAACGGUUGCAUCACCUACCUUUGGCUGAGAUCAUACAAGGAUUUGCAGAUCCAGUACCAGGGCUUGUUUUUGCUCAAGGCCUACUACGUGCCCAUGAUGUCUUUGAUGAUUCACAUGGUUUCGGGCAAAGAAUACUUUCUUUGUGAGUUGAUUGGCAUUAUUGCCGGGUAUUUUUACCAAUCCAUUCAGAGUGACACAUUGCCAUUCUACAACCUUGUUCCUGGCAUCUACGGAGCUUUUGAUCCACUGCACAAGAGAGGCCGCAAGGUGGGCUUUGAGAAGUCUGCCGAGGAAAGCAGCUUCCCAGACGCCAUCUUUGACUUGGGAUACCUCAAGGCGCCGAAAUGGCUCUACAGAAUUAUCAGUUACCCUUACGACACCAGUGAACGUGUUACUGCGUUCAAAAAGCAGACGAGGCGUGUUGUGACCUCAAUGAGCGGGCCCGAGGAAAGCAGGGCCCAUACCACUGGAUUCAAUGCCUUCCAGGGCCGUGGGCACCGCCUCGGCUCUUAG